AAGCAGCCCAGAAAAAAAGCAGUGCCUUCAGAUUAAUUGUAAGUUGUUUAAUCACAAGACAAUACCAUGUAUGGAGAAAAGAAGAGCCAUUUGUAUCUCUGGAUGGAACACUAUGGGUAUGACAUUUUGUCAUAUCCAGAUGAAAUAAAAUCAAAUUAUGCGGACCCCAUCAGUACAAAAACAUAUACAAAUGAUUCGUCAGUAUACAACCCUGGGGGAGCUUCGAGCAGCACAACCCUGUAUGAACUGAAUUCCUUGAGUGAAGUAUCAAAAGAAAUCAUUACCCAGGGAGAAUCUGCUUUACUACGUGAUAAAGAAGCUACCAGCGAACUCAAAGUUCCAAGUACACUGCAAACGCAGACGUCCGUGUCCACCAACACUCUCUCCUUAUCUGAUUUAUCAUCAUCAGAUUACCAGGAAGAGCAAAUGAACAAAUGCAAGUUAAACCAGAUGUCCAAGUUGUACGACGAUGAUGAACUUACUGAUAUUCAAAAGUCAUACUGGAAUGUGGUUAAGAAAUUUGUGCGCAUCCUUGUGUCCUCGGUUGCCUUCAGAAUAUUUGGAAUUUUCCUGGUCAUUCUGGAUGUAUUUCUUGUGGUUGUCGAUCUAAAUGUCUCUGAAAACAAAAUUUAUAUUCCUUUGGACUAUCGUUCCAUUUCUUUAGCGAUUGCUUUAUUUUUCUUCGUGGAUGUUCUUCUUCGAGUGUCUGUAGAAGGGAGACGGCGUUAUUUUUCCGACGUACUGAACACCCUAGAUGCUGUGGUCAUCGGUGUGACUGUGGUUGUGGCUGUCAUUUAUGCACUUUAUGACAAACACUUUCUCAGAGCUAUCCCAAGACUGGCAGUUUUACUGCGGCCUCUACGACUGCUCAUUCUGAUAAGGAUUCUGCAACUGGCUCAUCAAAAGAGACAACUCGAAAGGCUGACCAGGAAGCUGGUCUCGGGUAACAAGCGACGCUACAGGAAGGAUGGCUUCGACCUAGACCUCACCUACGUCACUGAGCGUAUUAUUGCCAUGUCAUUUCCAUCGUCUGGAAGGGAGUCCUUCUACAGAAAUCCAAUCAAGGAGGUUGUGCGGUUCCUGGAUACCAAGCACCCAAACCACUANCAAGUCUACAAUCUAUGCAGUGAGAGAGCUUAUGACCCUAAGCACUUCCACUACAGGGUCCGCAGAAUCAUGAUUGAUGAUCAUAAUGUCCCCACUCUUGAGGAAAUGUUGUUGUUCUCCAAGGAAGUAAAUAAUUGGAUGGCUAAAGAUCCUGAAAAUGUUGUCGCAAUUCACUGUAAGGGAGGAAAAGGAAGAACUGGUACCAUGGUGUGUGCCUGCCUCAUUGCCAGUGAAAUAGUUUUAAAUGCAAAGAUAUUUCAUGACCCUGAAACCGACAGAGCAAUAAUCAAUGUGUUCCAUUGCCCGGCUCUAUACGAUGAUGUGAAAGUGAAAUUUCUCUCUCCGAAUCUUCCUAAAUACUAUGAUGACUGCCCCUUCUUCUUUUGGUUUCAUACAUCUUUUAUUAAAAAUAACAGGCUUUAUCUACCAAGAAACGAAUUGGAUAAUACCCAUAAACCAAAGACAUGGAAAAUUUAUGGUGAAAAGUUUGCAGUAGAGGUGGAUUUUGAUGAGACAAAGUGCAAGUUUAUGAACUAG